AUGUCAUCCUGCUGGCUUGUCGUGCGUGAAAUGUGCUUCGUCGAUGGAAUGCUCAAGAACUGGUGUCGUUUUCGCAAUUUGGCAGUCGGAGUAGACGAGCCUAUACCCGGAGCUGUAAUUGCUCCUGGAGGAAGAGAAAUCCUGCGGUUCCGGGAGGUAUCGUCUUUCGUGUUGAUGCCGGACUUCGCGUUGGACGUACGGCGACGUUGUUCAUUGAUGGGCACGCCGAACUCAAGCAUAACAGCCAACAAUGACCAGCUCCGUACUUGUUCUCCAACGGAGAACCGUGUCAGUCCAGAGCAAGUUGUCACGGUGAUUCCCGAUCGUAUCCGGAAAAAUAUCCCUGUGACUCCUUUGCGUGAGAUCCUCAGUUCUCCUCAAACCCCUCGGAAGUUCCACUGCUGGGCUCGUGUCCGCAGCAUUUGGCCUAACGACAUCGAAAAGAUCUGCAAACCCAAGUCUGGCAAUAGUGACGAAUUCAUUUAUUCGUUCGCGUUGACUGUCGAAGAAGGAAGCGAGUCCUUGAGCAUAAUUGUGUACGGCAAAGACGCGGAACAUUUUCUUCACGGCAUCCCUCCAUGUGAUCUCAGCAGUAGUACAAGCUCCAAAACGUUGCUGGAAAAGCGCUUCGCUGCUCUGUUGAAAGCAUCCAACGCCUUCCAUUGGUGUAUCAAGUCAUACUCCGUGUCGUUGCCAUCUGGGCGGUCUGUCUGCCCAGGAACUGCUGUUCGAUACCGUUUGUUCGACACCCUGCUUCAAUGCUCGUAA